AUAAUAAUACUGGUAUAGCCGUAAGUGAGGUCAUAUAAUUUUAGUAUUCGUUUUAGGUAUAUAUAUUUUGAAGAAAUAGCGUUAUUCGAGGGAAAAAUAUAAGCAUGGAAACUGGUAGAAUUGCACGAGAAAUCAAUUCAGCAUUUGUAGCAUAUAAACUAGGCAAUGAUAUGGAAUAUAUAGGGGAUAUAAACUGUAACUUUUUCAAAUAUUGCGAAAAGAUGUAUAAAGCGUGCGAUGAACAUCUUUAUAAUUUGAUAAGAGACGUAUCGCUUGAUUCAAAUGAGAAUAUUGAGACGUUUUUAAAAGACGUUGUAACAGAGAUGUUUAGUGAUAACAUUAUAAACUGGGGCCGUAUAAUUAUGGUUUUUGUGUUUGGAGCAAAGUUAGCUGUGUUAUGUAAAGAUAGAAACAGAACUGAUUUGAUUGAUCAAGUAAUACAGAGUGUAGACAAAUUUGUGGAGACGGAAUUUUUGGAAUGGAUAAAUUUGAGAGGAGGAUGGAACAAUUUCGAUCAAUCGUAUACUGAACACACAGAGACUCCUCUAAUCAGCAUUUCGCUGGGGAUAGCGUCAAGUCUGAUAGCAACUUUUUUUCUAUUCAAAACAUUUUGGCAAGGAUGAUAUGUAUAAAGUAUGUUUCGCCUAUGUAAGUAGUUCUGAAAAGAACUGUUGUUGUU